UCUCUCUCUCUGCCGCGUCUCUUCUCCGUCUCUCUCUCUCUCUCUCUCUCCGCCGCGUCUCCUCUCCGUCUCUCUCUCUCAAGUGAUCUUGUCUCAUAUUCAGUGACCUGUUUCCAAUUUCAAUGACAUCUGUUCCUGGCACCGAUUCUCUCGCAUGGACUGAUGAACAAACCCGGUUCUAUCUCCAACUGAGAAUUGAGGAGAAGCUGAAAGGAAAUGAUAGAAAACAAAAUGUGAAUGAAGCUGGGAGACAGUCCAUCAUCGAAAAAUUCUUUGAUGCUUAUGGAGAAAGGCACCCUUGGAGAAAGUUUGGGAUCAAGCACACCACUUGCAAGACUCAGUAUACUAAAUACAAGCGGUUGAUUAACAAGAGAACUGGCCUUGGCUUUGAUGCAUAUGGGUUCAUAGAAAUGUCAGAUGACUGGUGGAAUGAACUUUUUAAGGAAUGGCCAGCAGCAAGAAAGCUUAAAGAGAAGCCAAUAGCAAAUAUUGACUUGUUGGAAAAAGUGUUUGGAUUAGUUCACAUUAGUGGAGCUGAAGGAUGGGCUGCUCAACAAGGUGAAGACCAUUUGGAUCAGCAAAGCGUAGACCAUCAGGAUCAUGAUGAUGGUGAUGCUGAAGAGACAGAUGCGACAAAUAUGCAAAUUCCUCCUACUCAGGAUGCUCCAGCUGAAUCAAGAACUGUUGGCCCUUCAUCUUCUAGUAGAUCAAAAGGUAGCAGGAAAAGAUCAAGGGCCACGCAAGUAGGACAGGCUGUAGCAGAUGUUCUUUCUGACAAGAACAAGAUGAUAAGGAGCCACCCUGAGUUCAGUUGCAACCAGCUUACAGCUAUGGAAGCCUUACACUCGCUGUCUGCUAUCAGGCAUUGGUCUCCUUUGUACAAAGCAGCUAUCAACCAUCUCAAGCAGGACCCAACCAAUCGUCAGACCUUCUUGUUCUUUAAAGAUGAUGAGAACAAGGUUCUCUACUUGGAGUUUGCUACUGGUGAAAGCAGAGAUGCUUGAAGACUAUCCUACUUCGAGUUUAUGUCUUCUAGUUCUAUAUUAUCCUACUUGGAGUUUAUGUCUUUUAGUUUUAUGAGAACCAUCUUUUGUUUUGUGAGAAUCAUCUUUUGUUUUAUGAGAAUCAUCUUUUGUUUUA